AUGUGUGAUCGUUUAGUGACUUGGUACGUUAAUCUGACCGACACAAUCGCAAUUCCAGCAGAAUGGCCUGCUCACGUGAUUAAAAAAUUUCUGGUGCCACUAGCUGAACAAGUGAUGGAUGCUGUUAAUGCGGGGAAACCGGUCAUUUUGCAAGUAUUCAACACGCCUGCGAAAUUGGUUCAACGCCAAGAUGGAAAUAGAAUCCUAUAUUUCUUCGAGAAAGUAUUCACAGAAGAGCUGGUGGGCUCAUACUUUAUUGAUGUCGUUUUUGAUAUGAACGACGAGAAUAUAGAAGCGAUGAACGACGUUCCGCGACCAGAACCUCAUAAUCCGAACGCACUUGAACACCGAAUUUCAUUGGACGGUUACAAGAUUCAAGUUUACCGAAGUGAAUUUAGAGCAACCUACUACUUGACACCAACUGUGAAAAGGUGA